ACGUUUGUUGCACGAAAAGCAAAAUUCGGGAGAAAUCGGAACAAUGGUCGAGGCAAAGAAGAAAGGGUAUACGAUACAACACCACACAUUCAAGGAAUCCCGUCACCGCAAAAUUUCAAUAGAACCAAACAAUGUCGACCACAAUCGUAUUUUUGCUCCAGGCCGCACUUCUCGUCGGUGCAUGCGUGGCGUUUCAGCAACAGGUCCUCCCGGGAAAGGUUUCGUCGAGGCAGACAAUCCAGAGCGUGCCACUGAUGAUGGCGGAGAGAAACGAGGACACUGAGAACGCUUUUGGCAGAAGGAACUUUCUAGCGACCUCUACUGCGGCCGUGGCAACGGGUUUGCUCUCGUUUCAACAAUCCGCAAUGGCAAUCCCGAUGGCCACCGUCGACGAAUUCGAUACCAUCCUGAGGGACUCCCCGCUGUCGGUCAACGUCGUCGAGUUUUCCGGUCCGCGGAGCGAGAACGUCGUCGUGAAGCUCGUGGACGGAACCGUCUUUGGGGUGAAGGACAUCGUCGAGUCCCCGACCGACCCGCGUUCUCCCCUCAAGCUGGCGGCCGACUGUCGAGAGGCCAACGUGAAGACGAAGUUUGUUGAUUUCGAGGCUAUGCUCUCGGGAUCUCCGAAAAAGAAAAAGCUGUACACAAACGAGCGGGUCCAGAAAGCUUACGAGCUGCAGGCGGCACAAAAAGAGCGAAUCCGCCAGGACGAGCUGGAGCGGCUGAGACAGGUCGCUCUGAUGGAAGAACAAGAAAAGGCCGCCGCCGCCGCUGCUGCCGCACCACCGGCUGUUUCCGAAUAAACUUCUUGCGCUGCUAAUGCAGCUACCCAAAACAUAAAAAUCAAAGAUGAAGGAAACGCUGUUGUUGUGUCUUUGGGUUUUCAUUUUAUGCCUUAGUUCUUUUUCCUUUACGGGCAGCAACAUUUCCAUCGCCUCUCAGAAAAAUUUCUAAAGAUGUUUUGGUUUAGACAGUACAUGCGGCUGCGCGCUGAUAUCUAUUAGAUUGUCUCUUAUUUGCGUAGUGGAACUUUCAGCAACAGCUUGCAGUAGCGCCAAUAAAACAAAUUGUACACU